AUGGCGUCCGGUGAUACAGGAGAGAUCGGUGGAACGCCAACUACCCCCAUUAGGUCUAUGAUGUCACUGGAGCAAACCACUACUCCGACUCCCACAAUAAUCGCCGACGAAGCGUCAAAAGAAGGCGGUUCAGUGGUAACUGUUGCGCCAACAACCGGACAAGAGCAACCAGUCGAUGGAGGACAACCUUCUUCCACCGUUGUGUCAACGCAAAGCACUCUGAUACAAGCACCCCAGCUAGCAGUGAUACCAAGCAGUACGAUGACGCCAACGGUGGAAGACGCUAGCGCCACACCGAGUCUCUUCCAACAGCUACCGCAAAAUCAGAUAACAUGCGCACAACCGGUGGUUUUCCAGACACCACCACCGCCAAAUCAGAUGGCAGGCGCACAACCGGUGUGUAACAUCCCGAUUUCCAGAAUAACUCGAUUCUAA